AUGAACAGCAAAGUAGAAAGGAAGGAGAGCAGGAGGAAGGUGAGAAGAGUGAAGAGUGAGGGAGAGAAUGAAGAAAACACCUGGCUGGCAACAAAGCUAGCUGGGAAAAUGAAUGAAGAAGGGCCACGGGUGCUGGUGACAUCCCACUCAGAUGGUGUGGCUGGCACGUGCAAGGGCCACCAGGAAGAGGCAAAUUUUUCAAUUAGGAUGCUGAUGUCCCUGAUAGGGCUGAACCACCUUGGCAAGGUAGGCAAAGGACGGACAAUCAUAUUUCUUCUGCUGCCACUCGUCCAUGUGGUGAACAAAGUGCAGACAAUUAAGUGCACUGGAACGGAUCCUGUGGAUAUUCCUCAUGAAUGGUACAAGCCUGGAGAAAUUCUCAUUGGUGAAAUUGUAACUCUUAUUCACUACAUAAUACCCACAUUACAAUUCAAAGAACACCCUUCUCGGGAGACAAAUAUUUUUCCAGGUUUAGUGCUAAAGCAUUACCAGCACGUCCUGGCUUUGGCAUUUGCCAUCAAUGAGAUCAAUGAGACGCCUAGUAUCUUGCCCAAUAUCACGCUGGGCUUCCACAUCUAUGACAGCUAUGGGAAUGAACAAAUGACCUAUCGUAGCACUCUGGACUUGCUCUUCAAAUCACGUGGCUUUCUACCCAACUACCACUGUGGCAUCCAGAAAAAUGUCAUCGGGGUCAUUGGUGGGCUGAACUCUGAUAUCUCCUUGCGAAUGGCAGAGAUCCUAGGUCUCUACAAACUUCCACAGAUUUCAUACGGCUCAGUGGAAUCAACCACAAGUAAUGGAGUCCACCUCUCUUCUUUUUACCACAUGGUUCCCGAUGAAUCCCUUCAGUACCUGGGCAUUGUCCUGUUACUUAGGCAUUUCAGAUGGAAAUGGGUAGGGAUCAUCACUCAGGAUGGCGAUGUUGGGCAGCAUUUCUCAGAAGCUUUGGAGGUAGAACUUUCCCAAAAUGGAAUGUGUUCAGCCUUCACAGACAAAGGUAAAAAAAUGGCCAUUUUUGAUAGUUUUAAUGAAUUUUUCAAUAAUUUUAUAUCUGCUAUUCCAGCUUUCAUGGACAGUAAAGCCAAUGCAAAUAUCAUUUAUGGAGAAAGUGCAUUUAUAUGGUUGGCAGUCAUGUUGCACGUUAAAAAAUGGAUACCUCUAGAAGGUACGUUCUCUCUGGAGGAGAUGUGUGCCCAAAAGGUAUGGAUUACAACAGCCCAAAUCGAUUUCACUUUAACCGUCUAUUUAAAGGAUUUUGAUAUACAGACAUUGCAGGGUGCUAUUUCCUUCUCAUUUCACUCAAAGGAGCUCCCCGGAUUCCAAAAAUAUCUUCAGAUGAUAAAGCCAUUAUGGGCAAAAGGAGAUGGUUUCAUCAAGGAAUUCUGGGAACAAGCGUUUGACUGCUCAAUGGCAAAUUCCAAUGUGCCAGAAGACAUGGAUGGCACAUGUACUGGCGAGGAGAGGCUGGAGGACCUUCCUGGGCAUUUAUUUGAAAUGAGGAUGACUGGUCGCAGCUACAAUAUCUAUAAUGCAGUCUAUGCUUUUGCACAUGCCUUACACAGCAUGUCCCAAUCUAGACCCAGAUCCAGACAAAUGGAGGACAGAGGAAAAUUGGGUGCUCUGAUUGUGGAAGCCUGGCAGCUCCAUUCACUGAUUCAGAGGAUCUCAUUCAACAAUACUGCUGGAGAAGAAAUUAUAUUUAACAGAAAUGGAGAAAUAGCAGCUGGAUUUGAUAUUUCAAACUUGAUCACUUUCCCAAAUAACUCCUAUAUCAGAGUCAAAAUUGGGAAACUGGAUCCUCAGGAUCCUCCAGACAAAAUGCUCACCAUUCAUGAUGAGAAGAUCCAGUGGCAAAGUGCAUUCACACAGCUGCCUCCCCUCUCUCUUUGUAAUGCCAUCUGCUCUCCUGGAUUCAGCAGCAGGAAGAAGGAAGAGGAGAAAUUUUGCUGCUAUGAUUGUGUUCCUUGUCCAGAAGGGAUGAUUUCAGAACAGGAGGACAUGGACUCUUGUAUGACCUGCCCGAAGGACCACUUUCCGAACAAAGGACAAUACCAAUGCAUUCCGAAGAUUCCAAACUUCCUCUCUUUUCAAGAACCAUUGGGCAUCAUUUUAGCUUUUGUGGCUAUUUUCUUUUCUGCAAUCACAGCUCUGAUGCUGGGAAUCUUCAUUAAGCAUCAAGACACUCCCAUAGUCAGAGCCAACAACCGGAGUCUCACCUACCUUCUCCUCAUUUCUCUCCUCCUUUGCUUCCUCUGCUCCUUGCUCUUCAUUGGGAAGCCUAAACCCAUCACCUGCCUCCUCCGACACACAGCUUUUGGCAUCAUCUUCUCCAUUGCCAUUUCUUCUGUUUUGGCCAAGACCAUCACAGUGGUCGUGGCUUUCAUGGCUUACAAGCCAGGCAGCAUUUUCCGGAAAUGGGUAGGGAAAAGAUUGGCCUAUUGGACUGUCAUUUCUUGUUCCCUUGUUCAAGUUGGCAUUUGUGCUGUUUGGUUGGGCACUACUCCCCCAUUCCCAGAUCUGGACAUGCACUCCCUGUCUGGAGAAAUCAUAGUGACAUGCAAUGAAGGAUCAGUUACCAUGUUUUACUGUGUUCUGGGCUACAUGGGAUUUCUGGCCAUUGUCAGCUUCACGGUGGCUUUCCUGGCCAGGAAAUUACCGGACAGUUUUAAUGAAGCCAAGUUCAUCACCUUCAGCAUGUUGGUCUUUUGCAGUGUUUGGCUGUCCUUUGUUCCAACUUACCUUAGCACAAGAGGGAAAUACAUGGUGGUUGUGGAGGUCUUCUCCAUCUUGGCUUCCAGUACUGGGUUACUGGGGUGCAUCUUUUCCCCGAAAUGUUACAUCAUUGUGUUGAGACCUGAUUUGAACAAAAGGGAGCAUCUAAAAAUGAAAAGGGGGGGAAAAACCCAACACAUUCAAGUAUGA